GCAAACGCCCAUUUUUAUGGAAGGAGGAGUUUGGCAGGGAGGAGUCGCUGCUCUGCGAAUUGGCAGCGAUAGCGGGACUCUGGGCGGGUUGCAGAGGGCGGGGAGGGGGGUGAAGCUACGCUCGCCUGCCUGCCUGCCUGCCUGCCUGGGCUUCCCCCUCCCACCCCCCGGUUCCUGUCUGCGCUUCUUCGGCUUGCAAAAGGUUGCCUUGACGCGGAGCCAGGCCGAGGCAACGAUCUAGGCACAGGAGGGCUUCACCCAAUUGCCCGAGAUGUCGGAAGAGGUCAUUGUGCCUAUCUACUGCACGGGGGUCUCCGCUCAGGUCCAGAAGCAGCGGGCCAAAGACCUGGGCUUGGGUAAAAACGAGAAUGCAAUCAAGUACCUGAACCAGGAUUACGAGAGGCUUCGCAACGAGUGCUUGCAGAGUGGAGCCCUUUUCAGGGAUGACACCUUCCCUGCCACGGCUUCUUCCCUGGGUUUCAAGGAGCUUGGGCCAAAUUCCUCCAAGACGUAUGGAGUCAAGUGGAAACGGCCUACGGAACUGUGCCGCAACCCUCUCUUCAUUGUGGACGGGGCGACCCGCACAGAUGUCUGCCAAGGAGCUCUGGGUGACUGCUGGCUCCUGGCGGCCAUUGCCUCCCUCACCCUGAAUGACCCUCUUCUCCACCGCGUUGUCCCCCAUGGGCAGAGCUUCCAGAAUGGGUACGCUGGCAUCUUCCACUUCCAGAUCUGGCAAUUUGGCGAGUGGGUCGACGUGGUGGUGGAUGACCUCCUCCCAACCAAAGAUGGCAAGCUUGUGUUUGUCCACUCCGCAGAAGGCAACGAAUUCUGGAGUGCCCUGCUCGAGAAAGCUUAUGCCAAGGUGAACGGCUGCUACGAGGCUCUUUCGGGAGGGAGCACCUCAGAAGGGUUCGAAGACUUCACGGGAGGCGUCACUGAGUGGUACGACCUACGAAAGCCGCCCAGCGACCUCUUCCAGAUCAUCUUAAAGGCCCUGGAGAGGGGGUCUCUCAUGGGUUGCUCCAUUGAUAUCACAAGUGCUUUUGACAUGGAGGCUGUCACUUUUAAGAAGCUGGUGAAAGGCCAUGCCUAUUCCGUGACUGGAGCUGAGCAGAUCAACUACCGAGGGCAGAGAGUUAACCUGAUACGGAUGCGAAACCCGUGGGGGGAGGUGGAGUGGACUGGAGCUUGGAGUGACAACUCUGGGGAAUGGAACGCCGUGGAUCCAUCUAUAGGGCAGCAGCUGAGAAUUAAAAUGGAAGAUGGAGAAUUCUGGAUGUCCUUCCAGGACUUCCUCCGGGAAUUCUCCCGCCUUGAGAUUUGCAACCUCACGCCAGACGCGCUGAAGUCGCGCAAGUUCCGGAAGUGGAACACGACGCUCUACGACGGGACCUGGCGGCGGGGGAGCACAGCUGGCGGCUGCAGGAACUACCCAGCAACCUUCUGGAUUAACCCCCAGUUCAAAAUCCGCUUGGAAGAGGUGGACCACGAUGACGACGAGGACAGGAGGGAGCCGGGCUGCAGUUUCCUCCUGUCUCUGAUGCAGAAGCACCGGCGCCGGGAGAGGCGAUUUGGCAAGGACAUGGAGACCAUCGGCUUUGCCGUCUACGAGGUGCCUCCUGAGUUCAGGGGGCAGACCUCCGUACACCUGAAGCGCGACUUCUUCCUCUCGAACUCCUCGCGGGCGCGAUCCGAGCAGUUCAUCAACCUGCGCGAGGUCAGCACCCGCUUCAAGCUGCCGCCAGGGGAGUAUAUCGUGGUGCCUUCCACCUUUGAGCCCAACAAGGAAGGGGACUUCGUGCUCCGGUUCUUCGCAGAGAACAAAGCCGGGACAGUGGAAAUGGACGAUGAAAUCCAGGCGAACCUCCCAGAUGAGAAAGUGCUUUCAGAAAGCGAGAUUGAUGAUAGCUUCAAGCAACUCUUUAGGCAGCUGGCGGGGGCGGAUAUGGAAAUCAGCGUUCGUGAACUGCAGACUAUCCUCAACAGAAUCAUAGGGAAACAUAAAGACCUUCGGACGAAAGGGUUCAGUUUGGAGUCCUGUCGGAGUAUGGUGAACCUCAUGGAUAGAGAUGGAAAUGGGAAACUUGGAUUGGUGGAGUUCAACAUCCUUUGGACCAAAAUCAGGAGCUAUUUGGCAGUCUUUAGGAAGUUCGAUUUGGACAAGUCGGGGAGCAUGAGUGCCUACGAGAUGCGGAUGGCUCUGGAGGCUGCAGGCUUCAAGCUGAACAAGAAACUGUACGAGCUAAUCAUCACCCGCUACGCUGAACCUGAUCUGGCCAUCGAUUUUGACAAUUUUGUCUGCUGCUUAGUGCGACUUGAAACCAUGUUCCGGUUUUUCCAAGCACUGGACUCAGACAAGGAUGGAAUCGUCACCUUUGACUUGGUUAAGUGGAUACAACUAACCAUGUUUGCCUGAAGAAGAAACAGCACCAUCCCUGCACGGCUGUCUGGCCCUUCUCCUCGGACAUCUUUUGUGCUUUCGUUCUUUUUACCUGCAAGUGCCUUGCAUCACAAUGUGGUCGCUUCUUGCUUUUUCACUGCUUCCACCUCAAAUAAAGGAACAGACACGUGCUUAAACACACACACACACACAGCACUUCACAUUUGCCUCACGUGCCAAGGUGGACUCUCUUGGCUCCCUGCCGCUGUGCCUGGUCAUCACCUGUGACCUCGGAAGCUGUUCAGAUCCUGCGCUGCCUCCAAAGCUGCUUCUUGCUUUGAAUAACGAUCCAUAGCGAGACUCUUGCCGCACAGCUUGGCACAAAAGAGGCCUUCCUGACUUGACCUCAGGCUCCUUGUCUUUAAAAUGGGGGCUUAUCACAGCACCAACAUGAGCAGCAACGGUGGCUCUGUGGAAAAGCCCUGAGUGGGCAGUGCAUUCUGGGAAAACUCUUGCCUCUUGAUGGCCAGUUUUUCAGUGGCUGUUGGCUUUGGUUAGUUUUUAGGGCUUUGUCCUGAUGUUGACCUCCUCUUAAGUUUUUGGUUUUUUUGUCUUAAGAUGUAUGUGCAGGAUAAGGGGGGCAGCCAAAGAGCUGGCCCCACAGAAGCAUUGUUUUGAAAUAGUGGACAAAAAUCCUAAGGCACACGGCAGUGGGGGGGAGCCCUGAUGCCUUAAUUUUUAAAAAGGGAUGUCUUGCCUUCUUUGUCCCUAUUGCUGGAUGCCUGCUCAAUCCUCCCAGUUUGCUUCUAUAGCCAUCUGGUGGAUGCCCACUCUGCAACAUAGCACUGCUUGCUGGGAAAUCUCAGCCCUCUGUUGGCCACACUUCCUUCGACUCAUUUGCCAUAUUUCUUACACUCAGGCCGUAUUUGCACUAUACGUUUAAAGCACUCUUGAAACACAUUGAACAGCCAUGGCUUCCCCCAAAGAAUCCUGGGAGCUGUGCUGUUAUGAGACCCCCUCUCCCCCUCACAGAGCUACCAUUCCCAGAGUAGUUUUAAAAUCAGUCCCUCUUCCCAGGGAAUUCUGGGAACUGUAGUACUUUCCGCACUCUCGACAAACUGCUGUUCCCAGGAUAAUGGGGUGGGGGGAGUUUUAUAAAGAGUGCUUUAAAUGUGCAGUGUGCAUUUGGCCUCAGAUUUGCCCACUGGUAUUUCACUAUUUGCCAGUGAGAUGCCGUCUGUUUUUGAAACAUAUUUGCAUCAGUGCCAAAGAAAUAUUCCCACUUAUGUAACUGUUUUGGCCUCUGUUUUUUUUUAUUUGGCAAAUACAAAGUUUGGCAAGUAUGGACUGAGACCUGACAGGGAACUUUGCAGGGCUCCUUCUUCAGAUGGGCAAAGGCCUGUGUCUACAUGGGGGAAGCCUGAGCUUUCAAUCCCUGGCAUCUCCAGGUAGAUAGAGGAGAGAACACAGUCAGGAAUCCUGGAGAGCAGCUGCCAGUCAGUGUAGACAAUACAGAGCUAGCUAACCCAAAUGUCUGGUUUGGUAUAAAGCCGCUUCUGAUCUCCCUGCUUAUAUCAGCCUUUUAUGCAGAAGCAAUUGGACUGAAAUCUUAUUUUUAAGGGGAAGACUGCCUUUCAGUGGCAUGUUCUACAGUUCAAUCCUCAGCAUCUCCAGGUAGGGAGAGGAAAGAGAACUACAUGGUUCAAUGGUCUGGCUCCACCAUAGGGUGGCUUCCUAUAUUCCAAUCUGUAUCUGGCUGCAAGGACUUCAUCCCUUUUCUCCAGCCCCAUAUUUUCCACUCGCCCAAGGGGCCCCCUUUCCCUCACUGGUGCCUGCCUUUUGGCACCCACA